CCAGUUGGGUUUACUCACAUGUUCGCCGGUGAUUUUGAUAACCACAAGUACCCUAUAUAAUAUCGGUUGUACGUUUCGGUGUAGACUUUGUUGCCAUACACGGGAGUAUAGCAAAUAAUAUCUGUCGAGACGUUCUUGCCAUCCGACAAUAAUACAAUUGUAUUCAACAUGGGCACUUUAUCAAUCGUAGUUUUCUGCUUCCUUGCAAUCGCCUGCACAUUCGACCCCACAUGUGCAACAUUCGGAAAAAAGGAACAUGUACAUAUUCGUGUUCAUGUGCCAACCAUCGUAAAGGAAGUUUACGUAAAAAAACCAGUUCACCAUCACGAACACCAUGAUGAUCAUUAUUCUGGUCACGAUGAUCAUGGUAGUUCAUCUGGUGGUUACGGAGGAUCCUCCAGUAGUUAUGGUAGUGGUGGAGAUGAUUCGUAUAGUGGCCAUGGGGCUUCUGGUAUUUAUGAUUCUGGAUCAAGUGGACAUGGCGGUAGUAGCUAUGACGAUAGUUCAUCAAGCAGUUAUAGUAGCGGACCGUCUUCGUCCGAUGACUAUAGUUCCAGUGAUCAUGGAUCAGGUGGAUACGGUGGAUCAUCCGGUGGUUACAGCGGUUCAUCAGGAUUCGGCGGAUCUUCCGGUGGUUAUGGUGGUUCAUCAGGAGGAUAUGGUGGAUCUUCCGGUGGUCAUGGUGGUUUAGCAGGAGGAUUCGGUGGAUCUUCCGGUAGUUAUGGUGGUUCAUCAGGAGGAUAUGGUGGUUCAUCAGGAGGAUUUGGUGGAUCUUCCGGUGGAUAUGGCGGUUCAUCAGGAGGAUAUGGCGGAUCUUCCGGUAGUCAUGGUGAUUUCGGAGGAUCUUCCGGUGGAUAUGGUGGUUCAUCUGGAGGAUUCGGUGGAUCUUCCGGCGGAUAUGGUGGUUCAUCAGGAGGAUAUGGUGGAUCAUCCGGUGGUCAUGGUGGCUUAUCAGGAGGAUUUGGCGGAUCUUCCGGUGGAUAUGGUGGUUCAUCAGGAGGAUAUGGUGGAUCUUCCGGCGGCCACGGUGGUUCGUUAGGAGGCUACAGUGGUGGUUCCUUAGGAAGCUAUGGAAGUUCUUCAGGAAAAUAUGGUGGUUCAUCAAGUGGAAUUUUAUUUAGUGGAUAUUCUGCUAGUAAUCAUAAAGGAUCAUCUGGUGGAUAUGGAGGAAGUUCAUCUGGUGGAUAUGGAGGCAGCUCAUUUGGAGGACACGGAGGAAGUUCGUCAGGAGGAUACGGAGGAAGUUCGUCAGGAGGAUACGGAGGAAGUUCGUCAGGAGGACACGGAGGAAGCUCAUCUGGAGGAUAUGGUGGAAGUUCAGGAGGUGGAUACGGGGGUAGUUCAUUUGGUGGACAUGGUGGAAGUUCUUCUGGAGGAUAUGGAGGAAGUUCAGGAGGUGGAUAUGGUGGAAGUUCAUUAGGAGGACACGGAGGUAGCUCAUCUGGAGGAUAUGGUGGAAGUUCAUUNGGAAGUUCUUCUGGAGGAUAUGGAGGAAGUUCGGGAGGUUUUGGAGGCUACUCAGGUGGUAAUGACCAUGGUUCCAGCUCUGGUGGAGACAGUUACUCAGCCCCAGGACAGGAUAGCUUUGGACCAGCAGGGGAAAGUUUUCCUUAUACUAAAAAAUGAGCCACUGUAAAAUUUCAAAAAAAAUACGUUAUUUUUUAACAUUUAAUUUUAAUUUUGUUUUAUUGUUACAUACGUUAUUGCUAUUGAUUUGUAUCUAACAUGGAAACAAUUGUGAAAUGUUUCCAUUUUCUAAGACUGACUUAUCUGUUUUUAUUAAUAAAUAUAAAAAUAAACACAUUUUAUUAGAA